UAAAAAUGAAAGAAAUAUAUCUUGCAGAAAGCAUUUCUUUGCAGAAGUUCAAGGUGUUUUCUUCAGUUGUUCGUAAAAUAGUGGAACUCGGUAGCAUAGAAACGCAACUGUUCGUAAUUUAAAACUGACCGUGGUAGUGCAAUGAAAGUUUGACUUUUAAGAAAAAUCAGACGAAGGCUACUUAGUGAAUAAGAAUUUUUCCAAGAAGUGUAAACAGAUAAUCAUAUAAGUGUAUUGCUGGUCCCUUCGAAUGAAAAAUGAAAAUGCAGAUUAUUAAGAAACUCAUUUUUUUGUCAACCUUCGUUACUUUAACUGUGUGUCAAAUACCUUCGUUUGGCGGUUGUCCUAAAUACCAAUCCAUGCCUGAAUUUAAUAAAGAUCGGUUCUUAGGGAAGUGGUUCGAAGCCGAACGCCUUUUCACAGUUACAGAACUCGCUUCAAAAUGUAUUUCAGCAACGUAUGAAAAACGACCUGAUGGGCAAAUCUGGAUAGAUAAUUCUAUUACCAAUCGAUUCACUGGAGUUGAACGGAAAAUUUCCGGGUUGAUGAAAAUGAGUGGGAAGUUCGGUGAAGGCACUUAUAAUGUACGUUACAAUUCCCUGCCAAUCAACUACGAUACAACUUUGAAUGUGCUUGAUACUGAUUAUGAUAGCUUUGCGGUCAUAUAUUCAUGCAGCGCGUUAGGUUCUGUUGGCCACACCCAAUCAGUUUGGGUUAUGACCAGAGAGCGUUUUCCUACUGGACCAACUCUUCAGAAAGCUUAUGGAGUUUUGGAUAAAUUCAGAAUUACACGUUCAUUCUUCAUUAAAACUGACCAAUCAGAUUGUGAAAUAUUACCCCCGCCCGUUGAGGCUUAUGAUCCAACAUCACCGAAGCCGGAGAGCUCUGGAACUGUAUCUUAGUCUGCCAUAAACCAUCUUUAAAUUUAUCUAUACCUAUUUAUGUAUUUAUAUUUUAAAUAACUAUUUAUAUGUCAUUUAUUUAUUUACCUUUUUAUUUAUUAAACCUAUAUGUGUUUAUUUCUCAUGUAGUUUCAAACGUAAGCAUACGGUAAACAUGGGAAUAUAGACAAAAUAAAACAUUGCAAAUGAAAACUCAA